GAAGCUCGAUAUACUUGGCAGUUUGGGGCACAAUAGAGUUGAAUUAACAAGAUGGUCAAUCGUACUUGUACAAUGGGGAUAAAAUUCCUUUUCAUCUUUCUUGUUUUCUCCAUCCUUCCUUCCGAGGCUAGAGUGAUUGCAGUUGAUCGCUACGUGUAUUCAGUUCACAUUAUUGAUAAUCUCCCUUACAACGUUCCCUUGGUAAUUCACUGUAAAUCCAGUGAUCGAGAUCGUGGAAAUGAGACCCUUAAAUUCAGCGACGAUUACAACUGGGAAUUCUUCAUGGGAGAUGGUCAAAGAGUUUCCUACUCUUGUCACUUUUGGUGGCUUAAGGGCAGAAAGCAGAAAGAAUUGGUCGUUUUUGAUGUUGAUCUGAUAAAGAAUUAUUGCGUUGAGAGUUCUCAUGCAUGCGGUUGGGUGGUAAAAGAAGAUGGUUUCUACCUCUACAGCAAGCGUGGUGGAGGACCUUUCUACAAAAUGGCGGAUUGGGAUAUCAAAGAAUCUGUAUAAUCAUGAAAAAGUAUCUUGGCAAUGAAGCUUUUUAUUUAUUUAUUUA